AAUCAUAAAAAAUGUCAACUUGAAGUUUUUUUAUAUCAGGCAGCUCGCUUCAAAUUAAGAAAAAUGACGACAGUGACACAUUGACAUCAAUUUCUAAAAAUGUUCGCAAAUUCCUACCAAAGCGGCUUCAUUUCAAUAUUCUACAGCGUAGGAAGUAAUCCACUAGCAUUAUGGGACAAGCAGGUAAAGAACGGACAUAUCAGACGGAUUAUGGACGAUGAUGUGAAAUCAUUAGUUUUGGAAAUAUCUGGAACUAAUGUAGCUACUACUUAUAUAACGUGCCCCAUAAAACCACGAGCUUCACUUGGAAUCAGAUUACCUUUUCUGAUUAUGAUUAUAAAGAAUAUGAAGAAGUACUUUACAUUUGAAAUUCAAAUAUUAGAUGAUAAAGAUAUGCGUAGAAGGUUUAGAAUAUCAAAUUUCCAAUCAUCCACCAAAGUGAGACCGUUCUGUACAACGAUGCCAAUGGGACUCAGCAGUGGCUGGAAUCAAGUUCAAUUUAAUUUAGCUGAUUUUACAAAGCGAGCUUAUGGUACAACAUACAUGGAAACAAUGAGGGUUCAGGUACAUGCAAACGUUUGCAUUAGACGUAUAUAUUUCACCGACACCCUUUACACAGAUGAUGAUUUGCCAGCUGAAUUCAAGUUGUUUGGCCCCAUACAAAAGAAGAAAGAAGAAAAGAAGCCGUCCAAAGAACAACUAGUCAAACACGAAGAGGAAAAACCUGCAGAAGAAAUACCGCCCCCACCUUCUCCUGUAGAUGCAGCGGGUACUGAAGAACAUGUAGAAGAAGCACCGUCCGAACCAGCACACGAAGAAAGAGUUCCUAUCCCAGAAGAAGAAGAUACCGAAAAAGUGAGAGUGUCACAUGAAGAAAUCGAAACACCAGCAGAGCCUGAUUUAGAGGAGGAAGUACCUCCAGAAGAACAGAGGAUAUCAGAAGACAUUCCAGCAGAAGAAACUACACAAGAAGUUACAGAUGAAACUAAAGACGAAGAAGUUCACGAACCAGCUGAAUCUGAGGCACCACCGCCGGAGGGAGGCGAAGGAGAAGCAAUCGUCGAUGCGGAAGCUACAGAAGCUCCUACAGAUGUCCCGGAAACCGCAGAAAAGGCUGAGGAAGAGGGCGCUAUUCCUGUUACCGAAGGUGAAGCACUUCCUCCACCGACUGAAGGUGAAGAUGCUCAUACCGAAAUUACAGAGACUCACACCGAAGUCGAGGAAAGUCAUGUUGAAACCACCGAAGUAGUAACUACUAUCACUACUGAAGGCGGAGAAACUACUGUUACCGAAGUGAUGACAGAAGUCACUACAGAAAUGGGCGAUACCACUGAUGAACUUGCUACAACCGAUGAACCUCCUUCUGACGUAGAAAAUGUAGACUAGAUAUUGUUAAAGUUGUUUAAGAAAUAUUUGUGUCCAAUGAAAUAAAAGUUUAUAAAAAGUAAAAUAA